AUGGCAGAUGACGAAUUUGAGGGCGACGAUGUUGCGGAUGACUUCGAUGAUGUUGAAGACGACGAGAACAUCGAAUUAGAACAGCAAGAAGAUGAAGGAGAAAAUUUUGAGCUUGUUGCACCUGGAGAAGCUUCAGGUGGUGUACAAAAAAGCAAACGAAUUACUACAGGGUAUAUGACAAAAUAUGAAAGGGCACGAAUACUUGGAACAAGAGCUUUGCAAAUAGCUAUGUGUGCUCCUGUAAUGGUAGAAUUAGAAGGAGAAACUGAUCCUCUGCAGAUUGCUAUGAAAGAGUUGAAACAACGUAAAAUUCCAAUAAUCAUUCGUCGUUUUCUACCAGAUCAUAGUUAUGAAGAUUGGGGUAUAGAUGAAUUAAUUAUUAUAGAUCACUAA